AAUGUAAUAAUAAUUUUUUUUUUAAUUUUUUUUAAAUUCUAAUAAAAGAGAAUUGUUACAUAUUUUUGACACAUGUCACAAUUUUAAUAAAUUAAUUUACACAUGUCGUAAUCAUAUUAAUUAUCAACUUUGAAGAACCAAGCUUUAUAUUAAUAAGAUAAGAUAUAUCCAAGUUUGUUGACAACCUCAUCGUCACCUAUAAAUGCAAACCCAUCAUCAAUAUCAUAAUCUUCAUGCAAGCUUCAAUAUUUCCAAGGCAGUAAAAAGAAACAAAACUAAACCAAAUAACUUACUUAACCAACAGGACAUGACAGAAGAAUUUGAAACCGUCGGAGUUCGCACCGGACCAUGGUGGAGUUUCCCCAACGGCAUGUUCUCCGGCUUGUCUCAGCCACAUUCUACUGAAAUAUCCAUCGAUAUUGGCGGAUUUGAAUGGCAAAACAUUGAUAAUAUCGAUGCCGAAACCUAUGACAAGAGCUAUACUUCUACGUUAUCAAGCAAUACAAAUCUUGAUUCCACCUCACAAGUCAAUGCUUGGAACCAAUAUAACCAUCGUGAAGAAGAAAGAUUCGAUCCGAUAAGUAGUUUCUUAGAAGGAUUGUUUGAUAAUAGUGAACUAUCGGUUCCUAGUGUGAAACGAGAACUACUCGAAAGCUUUCACUUCUUCGAAGACGUUUUCUUGAACGAAUCAAGAACCGUAUCAGUCUUUGAUCACGAGAUUGGAGACAAACAUGAGGAAGAAAAUCAAGCCUGGAAGAGUCUAAUUACUUGCAAAAGAACCAGUGAAAAAACUAAAGACCUCGAAGAUAUUGAGUCAUUACCGCCAUUAAAAAGGCCUAGACUCGAGACACCAACACAAUUUCCGAGCUUCAAAGUUCGUAAAGAGAAACUCGGAGAUCGAAUCACCGCGCUUCAGCAGUUAGUUUCACCCUUUGGCAAGACAGACACUGCUUCUGUCCUCCAUGAUGCUAUAGAGUACAUCAAGUUUCUUCGAGAACAAAUCACUGUCUCGAGUAAUCCACAACUGAACUCUAAAGGAUCUGGUGAACAGAAGCAGAGGUCAUACAAUGGUACUCAUGCUGAAGACUCUAGUCCACGACAAGAUCUUCGAAGCCGUGGUCUUUGUCUGAUGCCGAUUUCAAGUACUUUCUCCACCUCUCCGCUGCAUUUUGGACUCAUCUAAGUUCUGAAAUUAAACUCUUAUAAUUCAAGACCCAAAAUCUUGUUUUUAAACUCAUUACUAAAAGUUUCUUGAUCAUUCUACUUUUUGAAAGCUAAUUUACGAUUAAAAAAUAACUUUUCUUGUGGAGAUGGAAGAAAGUUGAUUUUGGAUUUUUUUUACUAACUAAAAUUGUGGUCAAUGACUACUCGUAAGUAAUCAAUAUGUUUGAAAAUAAAAAAAAAUGAAGAUGAGGAUAAUUGUAUAAAACAAUCAUUUUCAAAAAGUAAUAAUAAUAGUAUUUUCAUGUAUAACUUAAACUUCUGGUGUGAAUGAGACAAAUAAAAUAUUAAAAGAUUAAAUGUUGUUUUUGUGUUUGACCAAGAAGCCCAAUAAAUUUUUAAAAUUGAAUCAUUUAUUAUCUUAUCAAGUUGUGAGAUGUAUAUUUUGAGGAUGAUUAGAAAUUUUGAUUUAUGAUUAUGUUCAGAAACUAAUAUUUAAGCGGAAAAUAAAAUGAAAUGAGUUCUUUUUCAUUUACUUCCUUUAUAAUUAAAACAAAUUUAGCCCAAAGAUGAGUUUUUUUUUUUUUGCUAAACUGUAAAUAUCAUAUAUGAAAGAAAGAUAAUACAAAGUAGAAUCUUAUGUUUGUGUCAUUUUGGCAAAAAGAAAUAAAAAACAAGAUAGGACAUAAGUUCAAACAACAAGAGAUCUUAUCUCAACCACAAAAUCAUGAGUGUGUCGAAGUGCUUUAUGUGUCUCUUUGCUGAGAUGAUGUUGCGAAUCUCUUUGUCAAUAGCAUGGAAGACAGUUGCAGCAGGGACAGGUGACUGGUUAUGGAUCAGAUUAUUUCUCUGUUUCCAUAAGUGAUAGACAGUGGAUUGAGUCGCCAGUUUCCUAAGGAGAAUGAGCUUUGGUGGCGCACCUCUAAUCCAAGAUAACAGUUCUGCCCAGUUGGUAAACGUAUGUGAUGGUGGAUGGCAUCUUGCGAACACCCCUCCCCACACUUCUUUGCUGUACUCGCAGCCUAGAACAGAUGAUCUCUUGAUUCUUCAUAAUUGGAGCAAAAAGGGCAUAGAGGCGAGAUCGCCAUUCCCCACGCUGCCAGUCUUGCCCUCGUCGGUAGUCUAUCAUAAUUUGCAGUCCACAUGGUGAAGCUCAGCUUCGGUAUGGCGCCUUUGAACCAGACCACGUCCACCCAUGGUUUUAUCGCUUGUCUCGGCCUUAGCACUUCCCAUGUUGUGGAGGACCUGAAAACACGUAAAGGAGAGUCACCAGCAAUCCAUUCAUAUAUGUCAUCAACAUCAGCAGAUAAGGGGAGAUUUAUAGUAGAGAGAUAGGCAUGUAAAUUCACUUCCCUCUGCGAUCUAGGAUGAGGAAGAGUCCAAACCGAUCCAGCAGUUGCAUCAACUACCGCCGCGUUCAUUCUGACUCUUAGUGCUCUUGGACCUGACUGUCCGGUGUAUGUAAUUAACUGUCCAAGAGGCGUCCAUGGGUCGAACCAGAAACUGGUAGAAUUUCCAUUUCCUAGCUUUGUUCGACAGAACUGGAUCGCCAACGGCCGCAAAUCUAGCAGUUUCCUCCAGGCCCACGAGUCAGUUGUUGAUGCGUUGAUUGACCAAAAAGAUUGCCCGUUCAGGUGUAUGUUCCAGUGCCAGUCCACCCAGAGCGAAGGAGCCUUUGACAGAAGUAACCAAAUGAAUUUCAAGCACAACACCCUGUUCCAGGACGAGAAGCUACGUAGCCCGAGACCCCCUUCAUUUUUUGGCAGGCAGACCGUAGUCCAAGCUACCUUAGCUAUGCCUCUCCGCUCGUUGCUACCAGACCACAAGAAGCGAGAGCAGAGAGAUUCUAUGUUCAUUAUACAGGUCUUUGGUAGAAUGAAUGCUGAAGUCCAAAAAUUGACUGUGCCAAAGAUAACCGUCUUCAAUAGCUGCAGUCUACCUGCGAAAGAUAGCAUCUUUGCUGACCAUGAGUGGAGGCACGAAUUGAUCUUAUUCAUUAAAGGAGCAUACUCAGAGACCUUCAACUUUCUGCUCAUCAAUGGAAGCCCGAGAUACCUGAUGGGGAGGUGACCAGAAGGAAAACCAUAGCUAGUUAUAGCAGCGGUUUCACUUUGGUCCAGUCCCGAGGUGAAUAACUCUGUUUUAGUGGUGUUCAUAUGGAGGCCCGACCAGGAGGCAAAGUCGUCAAGGCAUUCAGAGAUCCCAUGGAGGCUGUUGCUAGUCCCGUCGAAAAACACCAUAACAUCAUCGGCGAACAUGAGAUGGG